AUGGGAACAUACAGAAUAGCUGCUCCUGGCAUUGAAAGAAUAUUCUAUGGCACAGCAGAUGAUCCCGACAUUGCAGCUCACUUGACACAUGGCAAAGUGUUACAUUCUCCAUUCACUGUAAGAUUGUGACUUGUAGCGUCAUUGAUAAAUCCACUCCCUUUAACUAAUUUUCAACAAAUAAUGCAAGACAAAAAAGAAGCAAUCUACUUGAGAAACCAUGAAGCACCCUUGGGCAGAUCACAUGAUCAGUCUCCUAUGUUACCUAAGGGCUUGGAUAUAAUUAAUACUACAUUUGGAUCAAAAGUCAUCAAAGAUGUAUCAGCUGGAGAGCUUAUAAAUCCACCAAAAAUUUCUGAGGAAGUGGAUAAAGAAUCCAGAGAAGGACAUGAUCUGUACAUUGUUUCACACCAUGGUUAUUAUGCGGAUACGUUCAAAGGGGAAGCAAUAAAUAGAAAGUAUGACUCGCCAAACUUCAGCAAGUCUUUUGCUUAUGGAAUAGAAACCCCUCACUUUACAGAUGGACGUAAUGUAUCUAAAUCCUUAAAUUGGCUCUGUGAUCUGCAAUCGAAGAAAGCAGCAAAAAGUGUAUCAAAACAAAGUGAUGAUUUCAAGGAAAAAUUUCAACCUCAGCUUGGAAAAGUCCUUGAUCCUAUAGCAGAAACUAUGAAUGUUCCCCCAGACCAUACAUUUGGAACGUUACUCCAUCCAGAUGAACAUGGAGCUGGUGAUCUUAUUCACUGCCGGAUUCCGUGUCAGUUCCUCCGUGGUAAAGACAGAGAGAGAGCUGUCUUGGCUGCAGUUCAUCAAAGUUUGAAGAAAGCUAACUAUGAGAAUUAUGACAUGUUACUAGAAGCAUUCAGGCAUUUUGAUAAGAAUGGUGAUGGAAAGAUAGACAAGGAUGACCUGCAAAAGUCCUAUUUUCAGCUUAAUAUGAAUCUAGAUGAUGAGCUCCUGGAUUCCUUGUUUGACUAUUGUGAUUUGGAUAAAGAUAGUUUGAUUGUUUAUCUGGAGUUUGUAAAUUUUCUGAACUGGAAAGACAAAAUGGCUGUUAAAGAGUUUGAAGAAAAAAUAAUAACAAAAGGUAGAUGACUUAAUACUGGGAAAUUUCCUUGCCUGCCACCAACAGAGCCUCAGAUACAAAUGUACACAACGACAAAUGACGAGCAACUGAUAAAGCAGGAAGAUCUUGUAUUAAUAGAAGCAGGAAGUUCAGAAAAGACACCAAAAACGCUUACAAGACCGACAGAUCGUGUAUUUGCAAAUUAUCAGACAACUUCUUCUCAGUAUAAUGCUGUAGUAGGUGGUCUCCCAACAACCCGUUAUCGAGUGUGUGGUGUUCCAACUAUUCGUUCAGAUAUUCCUGCUCCUCAAAUUCGCCGCAUCAGUGACACAACUAAUUAUGGUGAUGAGGCCUUAUUGUUCCCUUCUGUCUUCAGUCAAAAGGGAGUGUAUGAAAAAGACUUUUUUAAAACAAGACCAAAGGCAGAGAUUGCACAGAUUCUCCGCAACAUUGGUGUGAACAUUUCAGAUGAAAGGUUUGAAGAGAUAUGGAAGCAAGCCUGUAUGAAACAUCAGAAAGAAGAGGUUUGUGUAGAAUGCAUCAAGAAUGUACUGGAUGAGAUACAUGGAUCACACACAAAAAACAGUUGCUAA